UGCAAUUAUUUAUUUAUUCUUUGCUCAAUACUUUAUUUUUUUGUUUGUAAAACUUUCUUUUAUUUUGCAAGUAUGGCCCUAGAUUGACUCCAUACUUUCCUCUGGAAAAAAAACGGGACAUCUGGUCACCCUUGAAUGGGCGUUAUCAUUAGUUAUCAGCUGAUAAAUAUGGGCCAGUAGGGGCCUUCCAUACCUUCUGCGCCUGCUGGUAGGUUCAGAGGGCUGUUAUCAUCCAUAUACACGGUUAAUCAGCUGCACUCAUAGAGAAGACUCCAGAACGUCGCGACCGUGCAGUUUUUCCAGUUGACAUUUUCAGCAGGUUGCAAGGAGUUCUGUGGUUGAAGAUGGCUAAGAGAGAGAGAACGCAUAUUAACCCAGAGCAGAGGGAGACCUUGAUAUCUUUUUUUCAGGAGGGAAUGAAGCAUGUCGGCUCACCAUUAAUAACAAGAGCUGCAUCAGCUAUGGGUUUGGACACCAGUGUCAUAGAGAACUGGAUCGGUAAUUACAAAAGAUCUGUAAUUACAAAAGCUUCCACUGAGCCACGGCCAUCAAAGGUCAAAGCUCAUAUCAGAGAGCUGUCUCCUUAUAAUCUUUUUUGUAGAGAUGUAUUUAGAAACAAAGGCACAAUGAAUGAUAUCAAGGGCAGGUGGGCCACGUUAGGGGAAGAGGAAAAACAGAAAUACAUUGAAGAGGCAGCAGCACUGAGGGCACACGGGCAACCCCUUAGCCCUGAAAUGAGGGAUGCCCGAAUUAAAAUGCACCUUAAGAAGCUAAAGUUAGAGGUGUCCAAGCUUGAGGAUUUGGGUGUGGAAACAGCCAUUUUGUCGUUUGACCGCCAAAAAUCCAGCUUAGAGGUGUAUGAAUUGAGCAGCAAGGGAGCCACUGAUUUCCUUGACUCAACGCACACAGUGAACAACUUUGCACCGCAUUUCAAAGCCAGCUCCUCGGCCACAACACCCAGUACCAAAGAUCAAGUCAGUGUGCUGGUAGGAAAAGUUCAAGAUCUGUUCAACCAAAAAUAUAAGGAGGCUGGGGGUACUGGAAGGCUCCCCUACCAGUCCCUGGUGAAUCAGGGCAUGACCAUAAAAGUUGCUGGACUGCCCAACAGCCUUACCCUCAAGAAGCCUUCCUUUUAUGGAAGAAACCAAUUGGAAGCCAUUUUGAAAGCUGCCGAGGGAAUUUGGUUUGAAAUAAAUGGAGCACAAUGCAACCCCACUACCAUGGCAGAGGGAAUGUCAGAGCACAUGGCUGCAGAAGGUACACAGCAGUUAAAAGAGGAAUCCAUAGAAACAGCUGUAGCUAUCAUGAUGACUGGAGAUAAAGGUGCACAGCAGAUGGAAGAAGAAUCCCCAGAAAGAGCCACUACUGUAGCCAUCAUGAUGACUGAAGAUGAAGAUGGAGGCAUGUUGUGCUGUGUCUGCAGUGUUCACAAGAAGGAGAAUGCUUCAAAGAAGUGGCGAUCCUGGUCACAGUGCACAAUGUGCCAGUCUUGGUCACACACUGCAUGUGGUUUUGAAAAGAACAUGUGCUUUCACUGCCAGUGUGAAAACGCCAUGCAAACUCCCUGAACCACUGCUUCUGUGUAAGAAAACAUGCUAUUUACUGCCUUCAUACAAUGCGUCUUGUUACUUGUUGUUUUACUGUAUUGGCGGCCCAUCAUCUUUUUUUAUUGAAAUAUACGUUAUAUGAAUCUUGCUGCAAAUUUAUUGUAAUUAUUACACUUUUAAGAAUAUAACUGUGAUCUUAUUGUUCUUUUCAAUCACCCUGAUUUUUGUGUUGUAUUUUGUUGGCACCAUCAGUGUGGUACCCUUUAAUCUGGGCUCUGUGGGGAGCAAUAAAGUUAUAUUGUACUGAA